CACCGAUCAACAGUAAGAGCUGACGAUGUCGGCUCGGUCAUGUGAUCAGCUGUGUCCAAUCACAGCUGAUCACUGAUCAUCAGAGCACUGAUGAUCAGUGUGCCCUGAUGAUCACUGUAGCCCCAGCAGUGCCACCUGUCAGUGUUCAUCAAUGCCAGCUGUCAGUGCUCAUUAAUGCCACCUGCCAGUGCCCAUCAGUGCCUCAUCAAUGCCACAUAUCAGUGCCUACCAGUGAACAUCAACGCCACAUAUCAGUGCCCAUCUGAGCUACCUUUCAGUGUCACCUAUCAGUGCCAGUCAUUGCCACCUAUCAAUGCCAGUCAGUGCCACGUAUCAGUG